CUGUGAGAAAGGUCUGUUUUCAAUGUUCUUGUGGUCGUUAUCAUAGCAAUCUCUUUCCUCAGCAUUACAUCAAUUUUAUGUGGAGUACAGAAUAGGAGCAGAGAACAAGUCGAAAUGAAAUGUUCACAGGUGCAGGUUGUUCUCUUAACUGUUAACUUUAGCAAACGUUAGCUAAAUGGAGCCGGAGCGGACUGAGGGCAAAACGAUGCGAUCUCAGAAACACAACACCAGUGUCAACGGUGGAUGGGUGUUUCUUACCCCCAUGGUCAACAGCUGCAAGUUGCACCUUACAACUGUCAAACCACAAGUACCGGAGAGAGCCCAGAGGAUGACGGACUCUCAAGAUCUUGUAAAAGAAAAAAACAUGAAUACCGGCCAAACAAUGAGUCAUUCUAACCCAGAAAACAGGUUGCAUGCAUACAGCCAGAGAAGACUUGUCCAGACACCUCCGGUGCCAUCAUUUGCCAGUGACUCUACAAAUUCAUAUGCACAUAAUCUAGUACCACUAGCGGGUGGUGCUCAAAGUGGUGGUUCGGGAGGAUAUAAGUACAACACUGGUUUCCCUGGUUUUCCCUUCACUCGAUUGCCUUAUGACAGAUUUGCAUCCAGUUUUCAACGAAUCGACUUGGACAGGCGCUGUCUGGAGGAAUGCCCCCAGCUGGGCAUUAUGGAUGAACUACAGCUUCUCAACCUUCAGCACAAUCUUAUCACAAUGAUCCAGCAUCUGUCACAUCUGCAACAGCUUGUUUUCCUGAACUUGUAUGACAAUCACAUCUCUGAAAUGACUGGCAUUGAAGCUCUAAGCUCUCUUAGGAUCCUUAUGCUGGGGAAGAACAGAAUCCAUAAGAUAUGCUGCCUGGAAAGCCUGUCCAAACUGAAUAUCCUGGAUUUGCAUGACAAUCAGAUCUCCAGGAUAGAAAACAUGUCUCACCUGAGCGAGCUGCGAGUAUUGAACCUGGCAGGAAACAACAUCUCCAGAGUGGAAAACCUGCAGGGCCUGGACUGUUUGACUGAACUCAACCUACGACACAACUGCAUCUCUGUUGUGAUUGUAAAGACUGCAGCUGCCUUGUGGCUUGUAAGAGCUGAGGACGGUGCUCAGUUCCUGCAUCUGCCAAUGACUGAGGUGGACCGCCUGCCCUGCUUGCAGCGUCUCUUUCUCAGCAGUAACAACAUCACCAGUUUUGAUCAGCUAGCCUGCCUUGGAGAGUCGCGCUCCCUUUCUGAGCUCACCCUGGAUGGGAAUCCCGUAGCCCUGGAGACAUGGUACAAGCAGGCCGUCCUGCGCUGUGUGCUUCAUCUGAGACAGCUGGACAUGAAGCGCAUCACAGACGAGGAUCGGCGCAUGGCUGGUGUACAGGCUCGAAAAGAGGAGGAGAAGAAGAGGGAGAGUCACAAGCAGACCAUUCAUAAGGAGAAGCGGCGUCUGGCGAUCCGUAAUGCAGCACAGCAGUGGGAGGGCGUUAGGGCCUGCCUGGAGCUGCCACCAACAAAUGGUGCUAAAGAAGAAGUUAGUCCAGAGAACAGUCCUGCCCACAGCCCCGCCCAGACCAAUGGCCUCACACAGGAGCCUUCUCCAGAUGAACCCAGGCGGGUAAGCCCAGGUUCAGGACCAGAGCGACCAUCAGGGGGAACGGAGAGCAGACUCCGCACCAACAGCCGUCCAAACAGCCCGCGAGAUCCCAAGCUUGUGGAGACAGGGAUCGGCAGUGUUCAGAGUUUGUCCCUCUCUGACAGUCACCUGGCGGAGCUGGAUGGAGACACCCUGCGUUUAUUCGGACUUGGAGCCCUGGAGGCCCUGGAGAGGGGCUGGGGAGUUCAGACUGCUGGUGCUGUAACUGUAAUAACCUUCCGCUACAUCAACUUUGACACCAUUGUACCAACACUGCCGCGAAUAAGGGUCAAGUUCCCCAAUCUAUUGCAUCUGAUCUUCUUGGAAACCAACAUCAGCCGUCUGCCCCAGCUGGCGGCCCUGGCUCAGGUGAGACGUCUGGACCAGCUGACCAUCCACCCAGAGGGCAACCCCGUGGUCAGUCUGGCUCUAUGGCGCUCUUUCGUCAUCUACCGCCUCCACCACUUCAACCUGCAGAGGAUCAAUGGCCAGGAGGUGACCAUGAAUGAUGUGAUCGCUGCAGAGCGUGUGUUUGGGACACUGGGUCAUAUAGCAGCCACCGAAACUCCACGUUGCCGGCUCCUCCUGCUGCUAGAGGAGUCCAGGAAGCGUCAGCUGCAAUUCCUGUUGGAGGGGCGUGGCCGGCGGGCAGGGCUGAGUCCGGAAGAGCUGCGAGACAACGGGAAGCUCCUGGGAGAAGGCCUGAGCAGAGCGCUGUUCAACUACCCAAGCAGACACUGCAACCCAGAGAGCCCUGAGGAGGGCACUGUGGAGUCAUCGGAGCGUGCUGCCAUGGUAGAGCAGUACCUCCAGGAGUUGGUCCAAAGGGCAUCAGACACCAAUCUGAAGGGUGAGGCUCUACACAAGCUCUGGCCCUCCAUGUUUGCAGAGAUGGUGAGGGACUGUGUGUUGGAGAUGAGGGACCGAACGGCCUUCCGCCAAGCCAGCCUUGCAAAGCUCUCCGAGACCAAGUGAAGAGGACCAAAGGUUCGCUCUUAGACCACACACGCACGCACAUAUGGACAUAGCUUUCCCGGGCGCCUCCAGGGCUUCAUCUCAAACUUCAUCUAUAACACAUCAUCACUUAGUGACUUAUCACUGACUAUCAAUUAUUAAAAUCUUUGGAAACCGAAGGGUGUAUUUCCCUAGUGUGUGGGAAGCUCUUUCUUAAGAUGGAUGUAGACUGUUUUAAAGAUGUCUGAAGAAAUUAUCAUGACAAAGGCAUCUUGUUUGAAUGUAGAUUUUCACUGAAAACACACUGUUUGAUUCUUCAUUGCUUGGAGCUGUAACAUACUUGAAGAAAGUUAAAGGGACUUAGUGACUCAUGGUGCAUUGUGGUCCCUACGGAGCAUCCUCUGCACUUUUAAAAGCCUUCUGAAUGACCCCUCUUCACCAUUACUGUCAUCAGCUGAAAAUGGCCGGUGUCUCUUUUGUCGAGACUAGAAUGAUUUUUCUGUGUCUUAAAUCUUGUUUCACGCAUCACUCUCUCACUUUCUCCUGCCUGACAUAAAAAGAAGGGCACAAACAAGGACAAGGACUUUUCUUUGUUUACCACUGAUUUUCUGUAUUGUACUUAGUAUUAAAAGAUUCUGUAUUAACAUGUA